AUGGAAAAUUUGCAAUCCAAAAGGAUAUGUUUUGAUGCGGAAGAUCGACCGCCACCAUCUUAUUGGCAUGGCGAAAUAGAAACGCAACCAUCAAAUGAUGAUAAUUUUAGAACGCCACAUGAAAAUGGAAAUUUACCUUCACCAAAACAAAUUAAUACCAAAAUAGAUCCUGAAGAAUGGUUAAAAGCACCGGAAUUUAUUCCUCGAUCCAGGCAGUUUUUGAAUGAAUCCUUUCGUCCUACUGAUCAAAUGAUAUUUGCAAAUAAUUUACCAGUUAAUAAUUCAAUCAAUCCAGUUGUUUUGCCCAACAAUAUUUUAAGACAGCAAACUCAAGCUCAUGUUGUAACUGGCAUACCAUUUUCACCCGUUCAUACUGUUCUUGAUCUACCACAACCAAUAAUGUCUGCACAAAAUAUGGUACCAUUUGCAAUAGGUCAACCGGCACCAUAUUUUAUUCCAACUGCAACUGUUGCACCACCACCGCCACCACCGCCACCACCCGUUGCAACAAUUAUACGUUUUCCGAUGCCACCAAUCAAUCAAACAGCUUUAGCUUUACGUGAUGCGCUUGGCAUGGUACCACCUGGCUAUUCUGCUAAUAUUACUCACAUAAAUUGCAAGUGA